UCUUUGGAUCAUUACUACUUCAUAGAAAUAUACUUCUAAGUUCUGUGUCUUUUCAAAUUUCUGUGAUCAUUAAUAUUCACAAAUGUCAAAAGGAUUAUCAAAUGUUUGAGGUACUUAUACAACAAUGUUUAAAUAUUACUUUCUGGUAUUUUUUCUACACAUGCAAAGCAUAGAACAGGUACCAGUAUUGAUGUGGGAAACCAAUCAAGAACUUAAUUCAACUUUAGGAAAAUACUCUCCACUUGAAAGCAAAGCGCAUGAUUUAAGGACAAUAAUAUCUCGAAUCUUCAAGAGGAAGAUUCCUAUUAUUGUAUACCUUGAAGAAACCUUGAGUUUAGAGGACCUGAUUAUUCGUAAUGAAUAUGGAAGUACAAUUUUUCCUGGUUUAUCUAGUUUUAUUAAUUCUUUCAAUUCCUACUUCAUGCCAUAUGCAGAAAAUCCAAUUGAAACUAUUGAAGAAAUUGCUAGCCCUGUGAAGAAAAUUGAUUCAAGUUCUUUUCACGACUAUAACAACUGGCAUGAAUUGGCGACAUUGGUUAUUAAUCUGAAAAUGAUAAAAACAAAUGAAAGCAGAGAGAAUAUGUUGAAAAAGCACGACUUCACCAUCCUCCAAAUGCAUUCAAAGUUUGCAAAUAUGCAUACUCAUAUAUUCAGUAUUUUUACUGCAAGAUAUCCAUCAUGGAUUAUUCCAGAGUACUCUGAACGGCAUAAUUUCAAAAAACUUUUACAGUCUGAAUCAGAAUCAGAAUCAGAACCUCCUACAGGAACUCCAACAGAGACAAAAGUAGUACCGAUCGUAGAUGAUAAGAAUUUAUUACUCGUUAUCUCAGGGAAUGGAGAGUAUAGUUCAGAUAAUGGUGCAAAAUUCAGUCCCGUUACAUUGAGUAGAUCAGAUUUCAGCAUAAAGGACAAUGAUAUGACUUUAUCACUUGAUGGAGGUGGUGUCAAAGUAACAUUUAUAAUUGUAUUUGGUUCAGAUGGCUUUUGGACGAUUGAAAAUAUCACUCUAGAUGAAAAACCGAUUAGUUUUGAUGAAAUAGCGGUUCCAAUGAAUUUUUCCUAUCAUUGCUCCAACUUGGUUCUAUCAAAUGAGGCAACCAAACAGAUCCUAAAGAUUAUUGGCUUCCAAAUACAACCUUUCAAAGACGAACAGGAACAACAGCAGUUUGGCGAUGCCUAUGAUUGUGUUGGAUUUGUGUCCAUACCAAUUUGCAGUGGUAUAUUCAUAGUUUCGAUUCUUCUUCUCAUUUUAUUCUGUGGUAUAGUUUCUAUGAUGGAUAUUGAAACGGCAGAUAGAUACGAUGAUCCUAAUGGAAAAGUUUUCAAAGCUUACGUUGAGUAUUCAUAAUGUAAAUUAAGCAUUAUUUAAUAAAGUUCUGUUUUU